AUGGUCAAGGUGAACACUCCUUCGAAAAACAACAACAAGAUCGGCGAGCUCAAGUACCAGUGCCUUUCUUUAUUAUAUGUCCAAAAUGAGGAUAUAGAACGAUUCUACAUUAAAUGUGCAGGCAAUCCACUAACCUCCAAGACUCUCCCUGAAGGUGGUAUAAAAGAAUUUGUGAAAAAUUUGGAGAGUCCCAAAAAAGCUAAGAAAGUUGAUACUAGAGUCACUGGUAGUGAAUUGAUUGAUAGCUCACUGCAAGAGAUUUUAGGUUACAUUAUAAGAGACUACUUGUCUUCAUGGUUUAGUAUGAUAUCCAGGGAUAGUGAGUUCACUGAUGUCACAGUACCACAUACUGCACAAGCAUUUGCUAUCAAUAUUUCUAACAGGGUUAAGGACGUUGACUGGAUUCCUUACAUGACUCAGAGAUUAGUGGAUGAUGCAGCAUCUCAUUUGAGGUUGUACAAACAGGCAAGGGCCAAAAUGAAAAUCCAAGAAACUGCCAAGGAACAGAGGAGUUCACAGCACAGGGACAAAACCUCCCCUAAGAAGGGUAAUCAUAAGAGGAAUAAAAGUGAAACUGAUGUUAGUUGGUACAGUGGAAGAACAUCAGAACUGAAAAGAGGUCAGCAGAAGUUCAUUACUGAAUUCAUUUUAUUAAAAGCCUUCAGACAAAUGGAAUUAACAGAUAACUGUGAUGAACUGAAAAGUACCAAAGACUUGGUCUCCCAAGAAAUACACUCUUUGAGGUCUAGAGAUUCAGGGGGAGACAGUGAUCUUUCUGUCAGACAGCAGCUGAAUAGUUUACAUUAUGUAUUGAAACUGAUUGAUAACAGGUUAUCAAAAAUGGAAAACAUGGACAGUUUGGAUGGACAUUCAUCUUUGGAGAACAUUCAGCUGGAGAACAUUAAAAAAAUUGACCUCAGCCUGGACCAAAUCUUAAAAAACAACAUAGCAUUAUCUUAUUUUAUUGAUUUUGUUGCUAGUCAAGGAAAACAGGUGGACCUGUUUUUCUAUUUAAAUGUAGAAGGUUGGAAAGUAUCGGUGGAACAGCAGCUCUCGGACCUCCAUCUCAACAAAAUGGUGAAAGGAUCUGUAGAUAACUCGUCCACCGUGUACGACACCAUCCGAUCGACAGCCUCCAGCAUCUACGAACAGUACCUGGGAGACAGUCCGAAACACGUCAAACACGUCAGGUCUUUGAGCGAUGUGACGGAAGUCGGUACAAAGCGUGAGGCCGAUGACAAGUCGAGGAGUUCCAGUUUGGAAAAACAAAGAUUGAGCGAUGGUCGUGAUUUGAUGGGGGAAGACGUAGCGAAAAGGGAUGAAAAGAGUUUGAAAACUGGGGCGUUUACGUUGUCUGUCAAUAUCAUCGAAACAGACCUAUCAAAGUUGCCAUUUCCGGGUAAGAAAACAUUCCACAAUAUGGACAGAUCAGUAUUAGAAAGAAGAAUGAAAAUGUUAGGUUCAUAUAUGAACGAACUAUGUAAACCGAACGUUUUAUCGCGACAUGUUGGAUUGAAAGAAUUGUUGAUGCCUUUUGUAGAGCAGGGAGAAUAUGAUAAGGCCAAUGGUGGACCUAUUUCGAGCACAAUAGACACCUUGGUGAAUCCUCUAAAGUCUGGCAUGAAAUCCAUAAAAAAUAUGCCGGAACAGCUCAUAAACACCGUGGAUGAGGCUUUAGUGGGUCUAACGAAAGUUUUCCAUCAAAAACCGGGCAGAUUUCCGGAGGCCAGCAAAGUGGGCGCUUCGAUUGAAGAGACGAAAGAAAUAUUCCUCUUAUCCAACUAUUCAUUUGAUUCAGUUGUUGAGAUGAAUAUUUCAUUCAUUUUCUAA